CUCUCUUCAUCAGCAUUCAGCAAUUAGCCAAAUAAGCCAACAAGCCGAUUACCCUUUUUGCUCUCACAGUUUAUUAUUUUUUGGGGGGCUCAUUUUCUCUGUCUCUCGAUCUUCACGGCCUUUGCUCCCUCCUCCUCACCUCAUCGAUCUCUCAAAAGAAUACUAGGGUUUCGACUUUCGUGCUUCAAAGCCACCGACUCCCCGCCCCUGUUCUCAAAUCCCCACCUCUCGGCUUUGUCCCUGAAGAGGCCCUAGAUUUUCUGCUGCUUCUUCUAGGGUUUACAGAUCUAAGACAGCUCUUACUUUCCAGCUCUGCUUUCUCCUUCUUCACCAUGUUUUGGAAGCUCACUGCUCUCUCUGCCUCCUCGCCUGUGGAGUCGGUGCUAGACAAGGAGAAUUUUACACUGGAUGAGCUUCUGGAUGAAGAAGAAAUUAUCCAAGAAUGCAAAGCUUUAAACACUCGUCUCAUUAAUUUUUUAAGGGAUAGAGCUCAGGUGGAGCAAUUAUUGCGUUAUAUUGUUGAAGAACCUCCUGAGGAUGCUGAAAGCAAACGAGCCUUCAAGUUCCCUUUCAUUGCUUGUGAGGUUUUUACAUGUGAAAUUGAUGUUAUUUUAAAGACUUUGGUGGAUGAAGAGGAGGCCACUGUUUUAGCUGAGAAAUAUAAGUGUUAUCCCGAAAUCCAUCUUUUGUUCAUUCGUGUAAAUGUUGUUGAUUACUGUCGUUGUUGUUUAAAGGCCCAUCAGGAUGUUUUCCGCCAGCUAGUUGAUUUGAUAGGAAUUACAUCCAUCAUGGAGGUUUUGGUUCGACUUGUUGGUGCGGAUGACCAUGUGUAUCCCAAUUUUAUAGAUGUGAUGCAAUGGUUAGCUGAAAGUAAUCUGCUAGAAAUGAUCGUAGAUAAAUUGAGCCCUUCUAAUUCUCCUGAAGUUCAUGCUAAUGCAGCUGAGACACUUUCUGCUAUAACUCGAAAUGCCCCAUCAGCCCUAGCCAACAAACUUUCUAGCCCAAGUUUCGUUGCAAGGAUAUUUGGUCAUGCACUGGAAGAUUCACAUUCAAAGUCUAGUCUUGUAAACUCGCUUUCUGUUUGUAUCUCUUUGUUGGAUCCGAAAAGAUCAGCAGUUUCUUCUCCCUUGUUCCAUUCUUUUCGGAGUCAACACAUGUAUGAGUCUCCAAUCCCUGUUAAUCCAGACACUGUCAGUGCAAUGCUGCCAAAACUCGGUGACUUGCUUAUGCUUUUGAAUGUGUCAUCGGAUGAGAAAACACUGCCGACAACAUACGGAGAGUUGAGGCCUCCACUUGGAAAGUAUCGUUUAAAGAUUGUGGAGUUCAUUGCUGUUCUAUUGAGAUCGGGUAAUGAAGAUGCAGAAAAGGAAUUGGUUAGCUCGGGAACCAUCCAACGGAUCAUUGAUCUUUUCUUUGAGUACCCCUACAAUAACUCAUUGCACCAUCAUGUAGAUAGUAUCAUAUCGUCAUGUUUGGAAAGCAAGAGUGAUGCUAUUGUUGAUCAUCUCCUUCGAGAGUGUGAUUUGAUUGGGAAGUUUCUCCAAACAGAUAAACAUCCCCUUCUAUCUGGUGAUACUAGCAAGCCAACGGUACCUGCUGCUGGGAAAUCGGCACCACGGGCAGGAAACCUGGGACACAUUACACGAAUUUCUAAUAAGCUCAUUCAGUUGGGAAACAGCCAAAGCCGUGUUAAGGCAUGCCUUCAGGAACAUAGCGAAUGGAAUGAGUGGCAGACUAAAGUUUUGCAGGAGCGCAAUGCAGUUGAAAAUGUUUAUCGAUGGGCUUGCGGCCGCCCAACUGCUUUGCAAGACAGGACGAGGGAUAGUGAUGAUGACGACAUGAAUGACAGAGAUUAUGAUGUAGCAGCUUUAGCAAAUAAUCUAAGCCAGGCUUUUAGAUACAAAAUAUAUGGGAAUGAGGACGCAGGAGAGGACCAUGGAACUCUAGAUCGAGAUGACGAGGAUGUCUACUUUGACGAUGAAUCUGCUGAAGUAGUCAUAUCAUCCUUGCGGCUUGGUGAUGAUCAGGGAAGCAGUUUAUUUACAAAUUCCAACUGGUUUGCAUUCCAAGAUGAUAGAAUGGGUAAUGCACCAGUGGGCACAUCAGAGAUGGAGGAAGUAAACUUGAAUGGGACUGCGAAUGGUGGUAAUAGCAGUAGUGAUGAUGAGGUUGUGGUAGGGGAGGAUGAUGAAUUGGCCGGAAGUAAAGACUCUGUCGAUGGCACAUCCACUUCGAACAAAAACGUUAUGAAUGGAUUUAAUGGGAACAGUGGAAACAUGAACCCAGAUGGUGAGAAUGCAAGUGCCUCCCAUGAUAUGGGUGGAUUCUUCAGAUUUGAGGCAACUGACAAUGAGGAUUUGUUUGGAGACAGGCCUUUGCCUGAAUGGGUGGGAUGGAGUGAAUCAUCAGAUUUGCAAGUCGGUGGUGCAAGUAUAAAUCCAUUCGAGGAUCAUGAUGACUCGGAUGCCAAUCCUUCCAGUCAUGCCGAGGUAGUGGCACCUAAUGCUAGUUUGCCCCCAAGUGGAGGAUCUGCUCUUUCAAAUGGCUCUGCCUCCUCCACUGCUUCUACUGCAGGAUCGCUGGGUAGUGAUGGGAGCCAACGAUCAGCUGCAGUGCCAUCAUUGUUUGAAGAGGAUGUUGAAUUUGUUGGCGUCGAAUUAGAAGGUACUGAGAAGGCUAUGGAGCAGGCUCUUAAAGAGGGCAUAGUAGGGGAGGCAGGGCCGUUGAAGAAAAACAUUAUGCCAAAGGUGCCAGAAAAGGACAACUCCGACGAUGGUGGGCCUGCAACUAAGGAGUUCAAUGAUGCAAAUUAUUGGAGGGUUGAUCAGGAGGUUGCUGUUUUGGAGUGAAUGGUGGGUUGAUCCUGCUUAGGCUGUUCAAAUCUGAAACUGGGUACAACAGCAGGGGACCCCAUUUUCGGGAUGGCAGGGUGCCAGCAGCCUAUGCAGCAGCAGCAGGAGGUCAUAUGUACAGUAUAUUUUUGUUUCGACAUGGGAUCAGAUGGUAGGUUGUGUUAUGGUUAUUUGCUGUUUACUUAUUGUUACUCAUUGUUUAUUAUUUAAGUUUUUUUUAAAAUCUUUGGUUUCGUUCUGAUACUGAUAAUGGGAUUUUCCCAAAAUCCAAAAUAUUUUUAGUUUCGUUUCUGGCUGGAA